CCCCUGUAAUUCCUAUCUUUCUCUCUCUACUCUGCAUCACCAUCUCUUUAUCUCUCUAGACACACCCGUAUACGUACCAGAGGGCAAAAUAACUAAUCCUAUCUUUCAGCAAAAUUAAAACAGAUUUAACUGCCUGUGAAAAAAGAAAAUUAAAAAAUCAUGAUUAGCUGGAACGAUCUGUACGUAGUGCUGACGGCAGUAAUCCCUCUGUACGUGGCCAUGAUCCUUGCCUACGGCUCGGUCCGGUGGUGGAAGAUAUUCACCCCGGACCAGUGCUCCGGCAUCAACCGCUUCGUGGCGGUGUUCGCCGUGCCCCUACUGUCGUUCCACUUCAUCUCCAAGAACGACAUCUACGCCAUGAACUUCCGCUUCGUCGCCGCCGACACGUUGCAGAAGAUAAUCAUGCUGGCGGUGUUGGCGAUGUGGGCCAACAUCAGCAAGAACGGCAGCCUCGAGUGGUCGAUCACCAUUUUUUCUCUUUCCACACUCCCCAACACGCUCGUGAUGGGGAUCCCGUUGCUCAUCGCCAUGUACGGCGACUACUCCGGCAGCCUCAUGGUCCAGGUGGUGGUGCUCCAGUGCAUCAUCUGGUACACGCUCCUCCUCUUUUUAUUCGAGUACCGCGGCGCUAAGAUGCUUAUCAUGGAGCAGUUCCCGGAGACCGCCGCCUCCAUUGUUUCGUUCAAGGUUGAGUCCGACGUCGUUUCUUUGGACGGCCAGGAUUUUCUUGAGACCCCCCCUGAGCUGGGGAACGACGGGAAGCUCCACGUCACUGUCAGGAAAUCCAACGCCUCGCGGCGGUCGUUCGGGAUUGGGUCAUACUCCGGCGUCACUCCCCGGCCGUCUAAUCUGACCGGCGCCGAAAUCUACAGCCUGAGCUCGUCCAGAAACCCGACCCCCAGAGGCUCGAAUUUCAACCACUCCGAUUUCUACUCGAUGAUGGGUUUGGGAAGGCUGUCCAAUUUCGGGAAUUCCGACACCGGCAGGCUGUCCAAUUUCAACGUCGCUGAUAUGUAUUCAGUUCAGUCGUCCAGGGGCCCGACGCCGCGGCCGUCGAACUUCGAAGAGAACUCCGCUCCCGGAGCUUUAAUGACGUCACCGAAAUUCGGCUACUUUCCGGCGCAGCCUCCGCCGCCGAGUUCUUACCCUGCUCCGAAUCCUGAAAUCUCAUCGGCAAUGCCCAAAACGGCCAAAACCCAUCAGCCGCAGCAGCUCGGAGGAAAAACUUCUAGCGACGCCAAGGAGCUUCACAUGUUUGUAUGGAGCUCAAGUGCGUCGCCGGUGUCUGAAGGCGCCGCCGCCGGCGGCGCAGCCGCCGGCCUCCACGUCUUCGGCGGUCCUGAUUACGGUGCUUCCGACCAAUCCGGCCGGUCCGAUCCAGGCGCAAAGGAAAUCAGGUUGUUGGUCCCCGAUCAUCCUCAAAAUGGAGAACCCAAAGCUGUUGCGCAAACUGGGGAACUUGGUAGAGAGGACUUCAGCUUCGGCGGUGCAGGGGAAGAGGACAGAGAAAAGGAGCCUCCAAUCGGGCUAUCGAAACUGGGGCCCACCUCCGAUGCUGAGCUGGACUCCAAGGUGGCCGGUGGCGGAAAACACAUGCCGCCAACAAGCGUGAUGACACGCCUAAUCUUGAUCAUGGUUUGGCGUAAACUUAUCCGAAACCCGAACACCUACUCCAGUCUCAUCGGCCUAAUUUGGUCCUUGAUCUCGUUCAGGUGGCAUGUGCAAAUGCCGAAACUUCUCGAGGAGUCAAUCCGGAUACUCUCCGAUGCCGGUCUUGGAAUGGCUAUGUUUAGCUUAGGUCUUUUUAUGGCCCUUCAACCGAAGAUAAUCGCAUGUGGUAACACGGUUGCUUCGUUCGCCAUGGCUGUGAGGUUUCUCACUGGCCCAGCAGUUAUGGCUGCAGCUUCUAUUGCCGUUGGCCUUCGUGGCACUCUUCUCCAUGUCGCUAUUGUCCAGGCGGCACUUCCACAAGGGAUUGUUCCGUUUGUUUUUGCGAAAGAGUACAAUGUUCAUCCUGCGAUUCUAAGCACCGGGGUUAUAUUCGGAAUGCUGAUUGCGUUACCUAUUACACUUGUGUAUUACAUUCUUCUUGGUUUGUAAGACGGGGAUUAUCGAGUCGAAGAAUCGUGAAGUUAAUAUUUCGGCUGAUCUUCGAUCGAGAAUGUGUCGUCUACGAACAAACACAUUGAUUGAAUUUGAGUGAAAGAAGUGCUCAUGCCAUAUAUAUAAAUAGAUAAAUAUAUUAUUUGUGCUUAAUUCUUCCCGGGAAUAUAUUUUAAUCAGUAAGAUAUAUGAUUAAUUAAUUAUUGGAUGAUUUUCCCUGAAGUAUUGUGGAGGGGGAGCAUCGCAGAGGAAAUUAAUCAGGGGAUUGUGAUUAUAGGAAUUAAUUACUUUCUGGAUAAUCAUUGUGCAUGCGUGUGUUUUAAUUAAUUACUGAUUUAAUUAGGCUUUUAUCUCUUUUAAUUUUUUUUUGGGUUAAUUAAAUAGUAAUUAGUACUGUCUUAAAGUGGAAGAAGAAGCUAGACGAGGUUGUCUUAAAGGUGGUGUUGAUUUGGUCGUUUCUUUUGUCGUUGACAGUGUAAAUUAGCCAUCGAAGAGUUUGGUGAUAAUAAAUAAUGUUUUAUUGAUCCCUUUAUAUUGAUUUUU